AUGUUGCUUGUCAUUGAAAUCCUACCCCCAUGGAAGAUGUACUUUGAUGGAGCUUCGCAUAGAGAGGGGGCAGGUGCUGGAGUUGUCUUCGUCACUCUGGAAGGCGAGGUGUUUCCAUAUUCAUUCACCUUGACCGAGCAAUGUUCAAACAACGUUGCUGAGUAUCAAGCAUUGAUACUUGGGCUCGAAAUAGCGGCUGACAUGAAGCAACUAAGAAUUAACAUUUAUGGAGAUUCAAAGUUGAUCAUAAACCAAGUGUUGGGUCUAUAUGAAGUGAAAAAGGCGGAGUUAGUCCCAUAUAACAACUAUGCAAAGAUACUCAUGCAAUGGUUAGGGGACGUCACAAUUGAACAUGUACCGAGGAAAGAAAAUAAGCAAGCUGAUGCCUUAGCCGCAUUGGCUUCAACUAUUGCUCAUCCUGCAGCCCGAAUACAAGUAUGUCAAAGGUGGGUGGUUCCACCAAUCCUUAAUGAAGACGGCUCAGUUGAUGAAACUGUUGAACUCCCUACUGCCUCAGUGUAUGAUAUAGGCAAAGACGACUGGAGGCAACCAUUAAUUGACUACCUCACUGAUGGAAAGUUACAUGAAGAUCCCCGUAAAAGGGUGGAUAUAAAGCGUCGAACUCCUCGCUUCAUCUACUAUAAAGAUAUAUUGUAUCGUCGUUCCUUUGAUGGAAUAUUUCUCCGAUGUCUAGGGGAAGAGGAAGCUUUACAAGCUAUGCAAGAAGCUCAUUCUGGGGUUUGCGGUGCACAUCAAUCCGAUCCCAAGUUGCAUUUCCACAUUAAGCGAAUGGGAUAUUAUUGGCCUACAAUGGUAAAGGAUUGCAUAGACUAUGCUCGAAGGUGCCAAGCUUGUCAAUAUCAUGCAAACUUUAUUCAUCAGCCACCAGAACCUCUACACCCAACAGUUACAUCUUGGCCAUUUGAUGCUUGGGGACUUGAUGUGGUUGGCCCAAUUACGCCUAAGUCAUCUGCAGGGCACGCAUAUAUACUAGCUGCCACCGACUACUUUUCAAAAUGGGCUGAAGCCGUGGCAUUGAAGGAGAAAGUGGUUUCAAAAUCGAAAAGGGACUGGCAUGACAGAAUGGAAGAAGCUUUGUGGGCGUAUAGAACCACAUACCGCACACCUACUCAAAGCACUCCAUAUUCUUUGGUGUAUGGUGUGGAAGCGGUCUUGCCUCUAGAGCGCCAAAUACCUUCCUUAAGGUUGGCUAUACAGGAGGGUCUUACUGAUGAAGAGAAUGUUAAGCUACGCUUGGCUGAGUUAGAAGCCUUGGAUGAAAAACGUCUGCAAGCGCAACAAAGCUUGGAGUGA